ACAAGAUCCCGCCGCGCUGGCUCCACUGCCCCAGGAGGGGACAGCCCGUGGCAGGGAAGUUUUUACCUUUGAAGACAAUGUUAGGACCAAGAUAUGAUGAACAGGUUGCUGAAGAAAAUAGAUUUCACCCGAGUAUGUUAUCCAACUACUUAAAGAGUCUGAAGGUUAAAAUGGGUUUGCUGGUAGACUUGACCAACACCACUAGAUUCUAUGACAGAAAUGAUAUAGAGAAAGAGGGAAUUAAAUAUAUAAAGCUCCAAUGUAAAGGGCAUGGUGAGUGCCCCACACCUGAGAAUACAGAAACAUUUAUCCGUGUAUGCGAACACUUCAGUGAUAAGAAUCCUUCAGAACUUAUAGGUGUCCAUUGUACACAUGGUUUCAAUAGAACUGGAUUUUUGAUCUGUGCCUUUUUGGUUGAGAAGAUGGACUGGAGUAUUGAGGCUGCUGUGGCUACUUUUGCUCAGGCCAGACCUCCAGGUAUUUAUAAAGGUGACUAUUUGAAGGAACUGUUUCGUCGCUAUGGGGAUGAAGAUGAUGCACCAGCACCACCAGAGCUUCCAGAAUGGUGCUUUGAUGAAGAUGAAGAGGAGGAUGAUGAUAAUGGUAAAACUGGAGGCCCAGAAUCAGAACCCGGAUCAUCAAGCUCUUCCUUUGGCAAGAGGAGAAAAGAACGCCUAAAACUGGGUGCAAUUUUCUUGGAAGGAAUAACAGUUAAAUGUGUGACCCAGGUGACAACGCAACCAAAAUUAGGAGGAAUACAGCAAAAAUGUCAGCAGUUCUGUGGAUGGGAAGGGACUGGAUUCCCUGGAGCACAGCCUGUUUCCAUGGACAAGCAAAAUAUUAAAUUUUUGGAGCAGAAGCCAUACAAAGUUAGCUGGAAAGCAGACGGCACCCGGUAUAUGAUGCUGAUUGAUGGCAAGAAUGAAGUUUAUAUGAUUGAUAGAGACAAUUCUAUUUUUCACGUAUCCAACCUGGAAUUUCCGUUUCGUAAAGAUCUUCGCACACAUCUAACAAACACUCUUCUAGACGGGGAAAUGAUCAUCGACAAGGUCAACGGACAGGUUGUUCCUCGGUACUUGAUAUACGACAUUAUUAAGUUUAAUGGACAGCCUGUUGGAGACUGCGAUUUUAAUGUUCGACUUGCAUGUAUAGAGAAAGAGAUUAUAUUUCCACGACAUGAAAAGAUGAAAAGUGGUCUCAUUGACAAAGCUCAGGAACCGUUCAGUGUUCGAAACAAACCAUUUUUUGACAUCUACACUUCCAGAAAGCUCCUGGAAGGAAACUUUGCUAGAGAAGUUAGCCAUGAAGUGGAUGGACUGAUAUUUCAGCCUACAGGAAAAUACAAGCCUGGUCGAUGUGAUGAUAUUUUGAAAUGGAAGCCACCCAGCCUGAACUCAGUUGAUUUUCGUCUAAAGAUAACAAGAAUUGGUGGAGAGGGGCUACUCACCCAGAAUGUUGGUCUUCUUUAUGUUGGAAACUUUGACAGACCGUUUGCACAAAUUAAGGUAUGA